AGAUUUAUUAUUAACGAAAUAUCCUGUAUUUAUCCAAUUCAGAUUCAUAGGGAGAAAAAAGCACAAUGGGCCAAACUGUGCUCCUGAUAGGAAGCCUUGAACAACCCUCUGGUGGGGCUUUUAGGAUCAGGCACCCUGUCACAGGGUGGCACUUUGGGGGAGGACAGAUUUUGAGUUUGUGCUGAAAUAAGUGGCCAUUAGCAGCUGUUGAAUGUGCUUGUUGGCGUCUCUGGGAUGAGUCAGUUUCUAGCUCUGAGGUGGGAGGUGAUAGCUUCCUUGCUAGCUGGAAUGGUGUAAACUCGGAUGUUCUUUUCACUUAGAUAUGACUCAUAGGGGAAACACAGAAGCUCCAAGCUGCAGGCAGUGGGGAUGAGUGGCUUCACUGUGGCUGCAGACAGUGGUAACAGUAGUGACUAGUUGCUUUGCCAUGGCUACGGACAGUGGUGAUAAGUGGCUUUGCUGUCCCUUGAUAGGGUUGACAGAAUCAUGAAUAAACGGGAGGAUAAGCAGGACCAGAUGAUACCAUGAAGAGAAGUUUACAGGCCCUCUAUUGCCAACUGUUAAGCUUUCUCCUGACCUUGGCCCUGACCAAAGCACUGGUACUCACUGUCCAGGAACCAUCUCCCAGGGAAUCUCUGCAGACCCUUCCCUCAGGCAGCCCCCCAGGCACCAUGGUGACAGCACCUCACAGCUCUACCAGACCCUUCUCUGUGAUGACACGGAACCCCAAACCUGAUGGACCCUCCUCACAGGCUGCAGCUACUAUGGAAACAACAGUAUCUCAUCCAGAAGGGUACCCUCCUACAGACACCGUGUCCACUGUUGUGACAGCUGCCAUCCCCCAUCCUGAAAGCCCUCUGCCCACAGGUUCCCCUCCAGCUGCCAUGGCAACCACAGCCUCUCACUCAGAGGGCCGCCCCCCAGGAGAUGCUACCCCCACCAUCCUGCCAACAAAGCCAGCAGGAGCCACCAGCCGCCCCACAAUGUCCCCGCGGUCCACCACUCGUAGGGCCCCCAGGCCCCCAGGCUCUUCCAGGAAGGGGGCUAGUGGUUCAUCCCGCCCUCUCCUCCCUGUACCCAGCGGCCACUCAGCAAGGAAGGAAGGCCAGAGGGGACGAAAUCAGAGCUCAACACACCUGGGGCAGAAGCGCCCUCUGGGGAAAAUCUUCCAGAUCUACAAGGGUAACUUUACAGGAUCUGUGGAGCCCGACCCCUCUGCUCUUAGCCCCAGGACCCCACUCUGGGGCUACUCCUCUUCACCACAGCCCCAGACAGUGUCUCCAGCCACAGCACUCAGAAGCACCUCGUGGGUGCCCCCCACAACCUCCCUGGUACCUGCAAAGGACAAGCCAGGCCUUAUCAGAGCCAACCAGGGGAGUGGCCCCACAUUUACCAGCGCAGCAGGGGAGCCGGAUGCCACAGCAGCCUCAGGUGCUCCUGCCAGUACACAGCCUGCCCCAGUGCCUUCUCAGAGUCCUCAUGGUGACGUGCAGGACAGCCCUAGCCACAGUGACUCUUGGCUUGCUGUCACCCCUGACACUGACAGACCCCUGUCUGCCAGUUCCAGGGUCUUCACGGCUGCCACGGGGCCUACCCAGGCUGCCUUUGAUACCAGUGUCUCAGUCCCUUCCCAGGGCAUCCCUCAGGGAACAUCGGCAACCCCUCAGGCCCCAACCUGGCCCUCUGGAGUCUCAGAAAGCACUGUUUCUCUAGCUGAGGAGAAGGCUGAGGCCUCCCCCACAACCACCGACAGGGGGCCCAGAGCUCUUUCCACAGUGCUGUCCACAGCCACAGGAAACUUCCUCAACCGCCUGGUCCCUGCUGGGACCUGGAAGCCAGGAACAGUGGGCAACAUCUCCCAUGUGGCUGAAGGGGACAAGCCCCAGCAUAGAGCCACCAUCUGCUUGAGCAAGAUGGAUAUUGUCUGGGUCAUCCUGGCCAUCAGUGUCCCCAUCUCUUCCUGCUCCGUCCUGUUGACAGUGUGCUGCAUGAGAAGGAGGAAGAAGACAGCCAACCCUGAGAACAACCUGAGCUACUGGAACAAUGCCAUCACCAUGGACUACUUUAACCGCCAUGCAGUGGAGCUGCCAAGGGAGAUCCAGUCCCUGGAGACCUCAGAGGACCAGCUCUCAGAACCCCGCUCCCCAGCCAAUGGCGACUAUCGAGACACUGGGAUGGUCCUUGUGAACCCCUUCUGCCAGGAAACACUGUUCGUGGGAAACGAUCAAGUCUCUGAGAUCUAGAUGCAGCAGCCUCCGCGUUGCCACUCCCUAUUUUUUGUCUCUAAAUUAUAAAUAUACAAAUAUAUAUAUUAUAAAUAUAACCUUUGUGUAACCCUGACUUAAUAAGAAACAUUUUCAGCUUUUUUUCUUAAGAAUUGUCAACAUCUUUUUUACAAGUGUGGUUUAAAAAAAAAUUUACAGAAUGACCCAUGGCUUUAUAAAAUAAAGGUAUUUCUAAGCAAA